AUGGCUCAACUUGUGAGUACUCAUCAAAAAAAGGGAACUCGAACAGAGGUGCCAGAUCCACACUCUUACACUUUGCGGGUUGCCGCGUGUCUCUCGAUUUUUAUUUUCUCAAAAACUCCGAGACCUCGUGUUCGAUCACGAGGGCCUCUCACGUCGUUUUCCAAAAUUACUGGUCCCUGUGCUCGCAAUCGAUAUUCUAGGGAAUUACCCGCGCGAGCAAGGGCUACGACUCAUUACCAAUAA